CUCGCUCCGUCGCCUUCGAGCCGGAAAAUAGCCAUUACCAAAGCUGUAAAGCAAGCAAUUCGGGGGGAGCUUUCACCGCGCGCGUUCCGGCGAUUGAUGCGCCCGCCAUGGCGUCCGUGCCGCUGUCCGCGUCGUCGCAGGCCGGCCUCCUCCUCCUCCCGUUGCCCCUCCUGCAGCCGCCCGGCGCCGGCGCCGGCGCAGGAGCAUGCCUGCGCUACUGCCUGCCGAGGCUGCCUCCAGGGCUCGCGAGCGUGAGGAAGGGAGGGCUCAUGACGCUGCCGCUGCCGCUGCCGCUUCUGGCGCCGCCCCGGGCCGCGGAGGGGAAGGAUGGGCGGGCCGUGACCACGGAGGAGGUGAUGGAGGAGGAAGAGGAUUUGGAGGUCAGGAAGGAGGGGGAAAGUGGUGGGGCAAGCGAGGAUGCGGCCAGGGGUUCGGGGCGGUUCGCCGCGGACUACAUAUCUCUUGGCAUCAAGGAGCCCGUGUAUGAGGUGAUAGAAGUGAGAUCUAGUGGGAGGAUGUCCACCAAGAAAAUAAGCCGGCGGCAGCUAUUGAAAUCUAGUGGCCUCCGUUUACGAGAUACUCGAAGCGUUGACCCAUCACUAUGGUUAAUGAAUUCAAUGCCUUCCCUGCUGGUACGUGAACAAGCGAUUUUAAUCAAUCUUGGUUCCUUGCGAGCAAUUGCUAUGUAUGAGCGUGUUCUUAUAUUCAACUAUAACAGUAGUCAAGGAGGAAAGGCGUUUCUAGAGUUAUUACUGCCUAGGUUAAACCCAAGAAACAUCAAUGGUGGGCCUGCAAUGCCUUUUCAGCUUGAGGUUGUUGAAGCUGCACUUCUUUCUAGAAUACUAAGAUUGGAGCAGAGACUAAUGAAAAUUGAGCCUAGUGUGGCUGCAUUGCUCGAAGUUCUACCAAAUCGCUUGACUGCUGAUGUUUUGGAGCAGCUUCGUCUAAGUAAACAAGAAUUGGUUGAGCUGGGUUCACGAGCAGGUGACCUGAAACAAAUGCUCAUUGAUCUCCUAGAGGAUCCUCAUGAAAUCCGCCGAAUAUGCAUAAUGGGGAGAAAUUGCACACUUGAUAAAUUGAGUGAUGACAUGGAGUGCUCUGUUCCUUUAGAUAAGCAGAUUGCUGAAGAGGAAGAGGAAGAAAUUGAAAUGCUAUUGGAAAAUUAUCUUCAGCGAUGUGAAUCAUGCCAUGGUCAAGCAGAGAGACUACUGGAUUCUGCAAGAGAAAUGGAAGACUCAAUUUCCGUGAACUUAAGCUCCCGGCGACUUGAAGUAAGUAGAGUGGAGCUGCUUCUUCAAGUGGGAACUUUUUGCGUUGCUGUAGGAGCAUUAAUUGCAGGGAUAUUUGGCAUGAAUCUUAAAUCAUACCUCGAGACGAACGCGUGGGCAUUUUGGGCGACGACUGGUGGAAUAGUAGUUGGAGCAGUAGCUGGAUUUUUCCUCAUGUACUCAUACCUAAAGGCUAGGAAGAUAUUAUGAACCCUGUAACAUCUGCUUCCUAGAACUAUUGUUAGAACUGUAAAUAAUGCAAUUUUGAUAUCACUUGCACAUCCAGUGAUGGAUAUGCAUAUUGAUUCUUUAGAUUGUUAUCGGCAUUCCAAAUUCUUGCAUGGUUCGCCGGUCGUGAUUCAGAACGCUGGACCAAGCAUUUUCUUGUGUAACUCUGGCGACAAUGUUGCCACCAUAUGUACUUGGAGACAAUACCUGCAUGGCUGCAUGCCUGAGGACUCCAGGACAUGGGUACAAUUACUCCAAGGUUUAAGAACUCUUGAAAUAUAAGGCAAAACAAUUGAUCCGCAUCA